ACAGUUUAUAUUUAUAAAUCUGUCACAUUUAACAAACUGUGUAAGUUGUAAAGACGUGUUUUUGCUCUUUGCUUCGCUUUAGGUGUACUAGAAGUUUCUGUUAGGCAGUCAAGUUCAGAACAGGUAGUACGCAUGCGCACACUCAUUCUGGAUAUUUCCUCACGUGGAGAGAGUCCCCUCUUUAGUGUGUCACGAAGAAACCGGGGUGCAGCUUCACGUCGAUUCUCUCAGACCGCUCCCUUCCAGACAUGGCCUUCAGAAAAUUCCUCCCCUUGUUCGACCGGGUGCUGGUGGAGCGCUUCACUGCAGAGACGGUAACGAAGGGGGGCAUCAUGCUGCCGGAGAAGUCUCAAGGCAAAGUGCUGCAGGCCACCGUUGUGGCAGUAGGACCUGGCUCUGUAAAUCAGGAUUUCUACAACUGGCCGGAUGAAUCAUUUGAAGAGAUGGACAGCACCCUGGCUGUCCAACAGUACAUUCAGCAGAACAUCAGAUCAGAUUGCUCCAAUAUCGACAAAAUCCUGGAGCCUCCGGAGGGUCAGGACGAAGGCGUGUGGAAGUACGAGCACCUCAGGCAGUUCUGCCUGGAGCUCAAUGGACUAGCUGUAAAACUGCAGAGUGAGUGCCAUCCAGACACCUGCACCCAGAUGACAGCCACAGAACAGUGGAUCUUUUUAUGUGCUGCCCACAAAACACCCAAAGAGUGCCCUGCCAUUGAUUACACCAGGCACACGCUGGACGGAGCUGCCUGUCUUCUCAAUAGCAACAAAUACUUCCCCAGCAGGGUGAGCAUCAAGGAGUCAUCAGUGGCCAAACUGGGCUCUGUCUGCCGUCGCAUCUAUAGGAUAUUCUCUCAUGCCUACUUCCACCACCGCCAGAUAUUUGAUAAGUAUGAGAAUGAAACGUUCCUGUGUCACCGGUUCACUCGCUUCGUAAUGAAGUACAACCUGAUGUCUAAGGACAACCUGAUCGUGCCCAUUCUGGAGGAGGAAGUGCAGAACACCUCAUCAGCUGGGGAGAGCGAGGCCUAAGAUACAGUUGCUGCCAUAAAGGAGACACAUGUAAAAACACAUUACAGAGAUACAUUCACACACCCUGCAUAGACAGGACACACACUCACACACACACACACACACCAGUGUAUUACACUGUCUAUGUCCUUCCACCCUUGUGUCUAUCUCAAAGGAAGUAAGGGUAAAGAGUGUUCAGCCAUGCCUCUGUCCAAUCUUAUUCACAAUGUGUCUCUCUGGAGUUAAGCAGUUGUUUCUUGAUACAGCUCCGCUCUCACACUACUCCUUUAGGGGAAUCCUCUUUUCCUUUUAAUCUUCUUUAAGCAGCUGGAUUUGCAAAAAAACCCCUAUGUAAUCAUGGUGACCUGUAUUGUUGACAAAGGCACACACUGACAUCCCCCCCGUAUCUGUAUAUAACCCCCACUCCCCCUCUCUCUUAAUUCACUAUCAUUUUUUUCUGAUGGUGCUUCACUUUUUCUCGUGUCUGCUUCUGUUCUCUAUUUGCUUGUGUUGCCUACCAGCCUUGUUUGUUUUUGGGGGGUGUCCCAUUUAAAAAUGGAUCACUACAUUAGCCCGCUGACUUAAUAAUGCUAUUAAAACACAAUGUAGGUGUGUGGCUUGUGUGGUAGUGAACAAAGAAAAACUUAAAAUCUCUAGCUUUGUACGUGUACUAGAAGUCAGAUAUUCUUAGUGUUUGGCCUCUGAAACAUCAGAGUAUUUAGGAAGGCUUGUUGGUUACCUGAUCCUGCUUUGUGACAUGCCCCCAUUUUAAUAUGGUGUAAAAUGUGCCUGAUAGUCCCCUUUUCUUUGACAUAAUAGUAACUAAAAUCGUGACAUUAUGGGAAGAAACUGUGCUGCAGUAAGCCAGUUUUUAACUGCUUUAAGCAUUUGAUGAGUAAAUACAAGGACUGAGGGAAUAUCAGCUACAUUUAAGUAUCUUGAGCACAACCUCACUACUUUUACCCUCUCUCUCUCUCAUUAAGUUAUUUUGUGGGAGGAGUCUUGUCAACCCAACCCACUUGUUUUUUUGUUUUUUUUUAAAUGAACUAAAAAUUUUGUUACUGUUGACAUUUUCAUUAUGUCUGUUAAUAAUAAAAGACGUAUUAUUCUGG